AUGGAUGAUACGAUGUGUAGAUUUAAGAUGGCAGAAAAUGGAAUGUUUUUUGAACGGUGGGUUAAUCAAGGUUUUUAUACUGCCAACGCGGUAAACUUGCCUGCGUCUCUCAAAUUCUCAUAAUCUCUAAUUUCCCCAAUUUUUAAAAACCCCCAUUUAUUCCCAGAUUUGAUCGCGGAAUACGCUGUGAAGUUGUUCGAUCGCCAUUCGUCAAUUUCAAACUCGAAGGAGUUAUGAUCGAUAAUAUUCAUCAUUUGCCUGUUCGAAUGAAAUUGAGCCGAGAGGAUUUGGAUUUGUGAGUCAGAGAACCAAUAUGGCCUAGAAAACCAUUUGGUUUUCUCUUCCACGUCUCUUUGAUUUUUCAAUCUGUCUAUUUUUUAUCUUCUAAUUUAUUGAUUGAUUGAUUUUUGUAUUAUCGAUAGAAAAUUUUAAAAAUGAAAUAAAAACUAUUAUAAAUUUUUAUUAGUCUUUUCACAGUGAUUUUCAAAAAAUUUUCAAGAAGUGAUUUUCAAAAAAAAAAGUUUUUGAAUUUUUGAAAAUAAAGAAUUGAUUUGCAUUAGAGCACAUUUGCACUGAUAACAUUAAAAACAAGUUCAAUAUUUCACUUGUUCAAAUUCGCUCUACUGAGAAAAAAGCCCCGCCCACUUUUUUUUCAAAAACCAAGUAGUUCAGUGGCAGUGGUGGCUGCUAUCAAUCUCAGGAUCAUUGGUUCGAUUCCCGAUGCCCGCUCUUUUCAAAUCAGAAUCUAAAGGCUCCGCCUACUUUUCAGAUUGAAUAAAAAUGGGCGGUGCUAAAAAUUCUCAAUAGAGCGAACUUUCUAAAUUGUGUUUUGAUCUUCAGAAACCUAAGCUCCGCCCACUUUUAUUCAAUCUGAAAAAAACAGCGAGAGUCAGACAACCAGACAACCACAAAAAUCGAGUGUCCCUUUAAAAGUACAGUUGGUUUUUUCUCGUUUUUUCUUCCGUUGUAUAUAUUUUUGCUGAAUAUAAAAGAAGAAGAAGAAGAAGGAGAAAAGGAAGAAGAUGAAGAAGAAGAAGAAGAAAAAGAAGAAGAAGAAGAAGAAGAAGAAGAAAACGCAUCUAUUCUACUUUAUUUUCACACACUGUGCAGUGAAAUAGAAGAGGAUUAGAGAAGCAGACAGCGACGAAAUAGUGUGAAGAUGGUGAGAGAGUGGGCAAAAUUGUGGAGAGAAAAAAUGUUUGCUAGCGAACAUGUGAAUCUUUUCGUUUUGUCUUUUCGUUUUUAUAUUUUUUCUUGUCUUUUUUUUUGUAUUUUCAAAUUAUUUGGGGAAUUUCAGAGGGUUUUUGAUGAUUUUAUUAAUUGUUUUGGGAACUUGGGAAAUACACAGCGUGGCGUUUUUUAAUUAAAGUUUAUUUUUCAUUUUAAGGUUAGGCACUUUUCAACUUUUGAUUUAGGAAAAGUUUAAAAUUUUAAGACAAAUCUUGAACUUUGAAAAAUAAAUUGAUUUUUCGAUCUCCAAAUUUGGUGAGAAAUUUUUUUGUAAAUUUUUAUGAUCAGAAAAAUUUAGCACUUGAAUUCUGAUUUUACAAACAUUUUUCUUUGAAAAUUUGAUCUUAAAAAAUUGAAAUUACAGUAAUAGUGUUCAUUUUUUCGAAAUAUAAUUUUUUGUUCAGAAAUUUUUUAAACUUUAUAAUAAUUUAAUUCCGAAUUCAGAAUGAAUAUUGAACGAUUUGUUUUCGAACCAAAUUUAUUUCAAGAAUUUCUUAUGACCUCAAAUCAACGGAUAAAAUCCGAAUUUGAAUUUCAACCUUCGACUUCAGAUAAUAGGGUUAGUUAGCCUAACUUAUUGUUAUUAGCCUAUUAUCAUUCCAUUUAAUUUCAGCCCUAUCUUCCUUCAAUGAAAAAGAAAAAAAGACAUCAAACAUGA